AUAGUUAAGAUACUGUCGUUUUAUAACCUAACAAAGACAAAACCUUCCUAUAUAUUGUUUCAUUCCGCUAAAACCCUGACCUUCUUUCUGCGCCAUUUGGAGAAAAACCCUAGCCUCCCUCUUCCUCUCUUCUCUCCCCCAGUUCACAUCAGCCACCAUGACAGCAGACAUUGUUAACCCUAAAGCGUACCCGUUGGCUGAUGCUCAGUUGACAAUAACAAUCAUGGACCUUGUUCAGCAAGCUGCUAAUUACAAGCAACUUAAAAAGGGUGCUAAUGAAGCGACAAAAACUUUGAACAGGGGUAUUGCUGAGUUUGUAGUCAUGGCUGCUGAUACUGAGCCGUUGGAGAUUCUUCUCCAUCUUCCUUUGUUGGCUGAAGAUAAGAAUGUUCCCUAUGUGUUCGUCCCCGCAAAAUCAGCUCUUGGCCGUGCAUGUGGUGUAACAAGACCAGUAAUCGCUUGUUCAGUGACUUCCAACGAGGGAAGCCAAUUGAAAUCACAAAUCCAACAACUCAAGGAUGCAAUCGAGAAGCUAUUGAUUUGAGAAAUACUUAAACUAGAUGCCUGUAUAUCGCUGUUCGGAGUGAUAGGCCUCUUGGAUUGUAAACGUUUAUUCCUUGGAGGCUCUUGACUGAUGAUGUUGUGCCACUAGGGAAUAUAGUCUUUUUUAUUUUCUAUUUUUAGCAAUUGUCGUAAUGGAUUAGUGUUUUGGAUGAAGAAGGGUGGAAUUUAAGAACUUUGAAUUCUGAUGUAAGCUCAAUUUAUAGUUGUUAAUCGAUUGAAAACUUGGUAGAA